GUGAUGAUGAACAGUCUACACAGAUGGCUGCAAGUUGGGAAGAUGAGAAAGUGACCGAAGCAUCUUCAAAUAGCUUUGUUGCUAUUAAAAUUGAUACCAGAAGUGAAGCCUGCCUACAGUUUUCACAAAUCUAUCCGGUAGUGUGUGUUCCCUCCAGUUUCUUUAUUGGAGACAGUGGUAUCCCUUUGGAAGUAAUAGCAGGAAGUAUUUCUGCAGAUGAACUUGUUAUGAGAAUUCACAAAGUCCGACAGAUGCACUCAUUAAGAGGUGAAACAUCAGUGGCAAAUGGCAGCCAGUCCGAAAGUUCAGGGUCUACUCCAUCUGCCUCAUUUGAACCUAACGACACUUCUGAAAACUCUCAAUCCAGGGAUGUAGAGCUUUGCCACACACCUCUCACCUCUGCUGAUACAAAAUCAGAUACUAUAACAGGAGGAGAAAGCUCAGGCCAUGCACCUCCCUCUCAGGAACCCAAUGAAUGUUCAAAUCAAAGACCUGCAGAGGACCUCACUGUCAGAGUGGAAAGAUUAACAAAAAAACUUGAAGAAAGGAGAGAAGAGAAAAGGAAAGAAGAAGAACAGAGAGAGAUUAAGAAGGAAAUUGAAAGGAGAAAAACUGGAAAAGAAAUGUUGGACUAUAAAAGGAAACAAGAAGAAGAAUUAACAAAAAGAAUGUUGGAGGAAAGAAACAGAGAAAAGGCAGAAGAUAGGGCAGCUCGAGAACGGAUAAAACAGCAAAUUGCAUUGGAUCGCGCAGAGAGAGCUGCUCGUUUUGCAAAGACAAAGGAAGAAGUAGAGGCUGCCAAAGCUGCUGCCUUGCUGGCCAAACAGGCAGAAAUAGAAGGCAAGAGGGAAUCAUAUGCUCGAGAAAGAAGCACUGUGGCAAGAAUUCAGUUUCGUCUGCCUGACGGUUCUUCCUUUACAAAUCAGUUUCCUUCUGAUGCUCCUCUAGAAGAAGCAAGGCAGUUCGCAGCACAGACUGUUGGCAACACUUACGGUAAUUUUUCAUUAGCAACCAUGUUUCCCAGGAGGGAAUUUACCAAAGAAGAUUAUAAAAAGAAAUUACUAGAUUUGGAACUUGCCCCAAGUGCUUCAGUGGUGCUGUUACCAGCAGGAAGACCGGCUACAUCCAUUGUACACUCCUCCAGUGGAGACAUUUGGACAUUGUUGGGAACAGUACUUUACCCAUUUCUUGCCAUCUGGAGAUUGAUCAGCAACUUCUUAUUUAGUAACCCUCCUUCUGCACAGACUUCAGUGAGAACACCAUCACCAGAACCUGCAAACCCUGCAUCAUCUGGCAAAUCAGAGAAAAGGGAACCAGUCAGAAAAAGAGUGCUGGAAAAACGAGGGGAAGACUUUAAAAAGGAAGGAAAGAUAUAUAGAUUGAGAACUCAGGAUGAUGGUGAAGACGAAAACAACACUUGGAACGGAAAUUCUACCCAGCAGAUGUAGUGCACCGCGUACAAUAUGUAUAGUAAUCAUUGUUCUCUUCCUCUACUGGAGAAGUGGGUCUGCUUUAUGUUUCCCAACUGAUCUAUAAAGUGUCUCUAUUUCUGCUUAGUGGGUAUGGGUUAAAGUGUUUAACUCAAAAAGUCAAGACAUAAAAUAACUGGCUGCUAGGUCCUUGCAUACAGUAACAACUGCUAGAUGCCUAAAAAACCUGAAAGGUCUGCCAAGGCCUCUAUCAGCUGCUGCUUCGGUAUUUUAUAUUCCCUUCAGCCCUGUGCUCUCAGAUGACAUGUUUUGUGUAGAAUACCCUUUUCUUCAAGACUCGAGUCCACACAAAGUAACUGGUAUGUCACUGAGUAACUUGACUCCUAGAGCGUUUUAACUAGCCAAUCAGAUGAUAACUUAUGUUUAACUUUCCUGUUUUUGCUCAUCAGCUGCAAGCAAAAUCUUGUAGGUUUUAAUCUUACUUAAAUACUGAAUAAAAAACUCUUUUCCAAAAAUCAGAAUGAUCUUAUUUUUGCUUUAAGCAUCUUUUUAUUGUACAAGGUUCUGUUAAGGUCAUACUGCUUUGAUUUUUUUUUUUUCCCUGCCAGUAUUCCUAAGCUAUCUCAGUAAAAUAGCUGGCUGCGUUACCUUAAAUAUCACUGAAGGAAAGACAUUUUGUGACGCUUGAUGGCAUUUAUCAUCUCUUGAGGCAUUACUUUGUAUAACUUGGUGGUCUUUGUUCUCAUCUGAUGCAAAACAGAUAGGAACAACUAGUCUGUAACCUGGAGUUCCUCUCACCUUUAUGCUGAUACUUUAUACACACUUUUAGGACCUAAAGUACCUGUGGUAUAGGCCAAGAAGUAUAAAAAUAUACAUUGACUGAUAUGAUUAUUAUUAAAAGAUUGAAAGAGAUUCUUAGUCUGACUUAACAUAUAAUUUUGUUAGUGGAGACCACUAAACUAAUGAUGUUUGAAAAAAGGUGUGUGAUAUAUGCUUUGUUUUUAGAUUGGACAGUAUUGCUUUUGAGUCAAUAUAUGGGACAGUUAUUUUGUAAUGGGAGAAAGAAAUUCUCAGCAAGCUUCUGAUUUUCACCAGUGAUAUAACAGUGAGUUUUUAAAAUGGUAAGAGUGUUGGCAAGGAUACAAUGAGAGUAGGCUAAGCUGUUGGUAGGAGUGAGAACCAAUAGAUCUUUAAUAUUUUGUACACUCUGAUCCAAUAGUUUUUCCAGAGGAAUGAUCAUACAGAUAAAGAUUAGUUGAGACAUAUCAUAAAGUAUAUUUAUUUUACUUAGAAACUGGAAACCAACUAAAUGCCUUCUUGUAGAAGUAAUUUUUGAUGAGGGGAAAUGGUACAAUACUAACUCAGUAAUUCACUUUAAUAUAUGUUUACUGAGCAUCUGUUACGUGUUGGGGGAAAAGAAGCAGGAUACAGAGCUGUAGGUACGCCAUGGUACCAGCUUUGUAAAUGCAUAUUAUAUAUAGGUAAGACUACAUAUUAAUAUAUGUGUAAAGAAAGAAAACAGCAAAACAAUACUGGUAAGAGUGGUUAUAUGUGAUUCUAGUUUUCCUUUUUUGCACCCUUACAUUUUUCCCAGCUUUUUACAGUGAUCCUGUUAUGUACAUAAUUUAAAAAGUGAAUUUGAAAAAAAUCUCCAAUAAGCAUCCCAUUUAAAGUUUUGCCAUCUAAUAGCAAUAUGUAUUUUUAAAAUAAACCUGCCAAGUGGGUGUGACCUUAUUGCUAGAAAUACGUUUAUAAAAACAUUGAGUACCUCAAGUCAGUUUGUCUUGAAGAAAAUCAAAUAUAAAUCUUAGGGAAAUGCGCAUAAAAACAUACUAUCUUUAGUAGGAGGAUUCCUCUGUUUUACCUCUUUAAAAAAUAUGGUAAGAUAAAAAAAAAAAAAAAAAUAUGG